AAGGCUGCGCUCAAGAUAAUAAAUAUUAGAAUAAAAGAAGCGCUUUUUUUCCCAUAUGACAAAAAUGUCGGUGGCAUUUACAUCGGCGCGCCCCAGGAGUAAAGGGGAGGUGACACAGCAAACCAUUCAAAAGAUGUUGGAUGAAAAUCAUCAUUUAAUACAGUGUAUAAUGGAUUACCAAAGCAAAGGCAAGACGGCUGAAUGCACACAGUAUCAGCAAAUCCUGCACAGAAAUCUAGUCUACUUGGCCACAAUAGCAGAUUCUAAUCAGAACAUGCAGUCCCUACUACCUGCUCCCCCCACUCACAACAUGUCAAUGGGACCUGGAGGAAUGGGUCAGAGUGGGGUACAUGCUCCUGGCAACCUUAAUGACAACAUGGCAUCAGGACUGCCCCCCACAUCAAUGAUGCAGAAUCAGAUGAGCAAUGGGCCCAGCCAUGCCCCCAUGCAGCAGCAGCCCGGUCAGGUGCAGUCGGCUAUCCCCUCCACAUCCCUGAGCCUGCCAGCCAGCGGCUAUGGCAGCUCGGCCUCAGCCUCCGGCUACAGCCACACUGGGCCUUCCUCCCAGGGCAGCAUGAUCCAGGGCCCUGGGCCUGGCUAUGGCUCUUCUUCCUCUUCUUCCUCCACAUCCUCAUCCUCCUCUUCCUCCUCCUCCCGCAGCAACCUCAACAUGCAGUCCAACCAAGUCUCCAUGAUGCACCAACAGUCUGCCACUCCACAUUACUCCUCAGCCCAGGCUGGGGGGCAACACUAUCAGGGACAGCAGGCCAUGGGCAUGAUGGGUCAGGGUAGUCAAGGAAACAAUAUGAUGGCUCAGAGACCCAUGGGAUCCUACCGCUCCUCACAGCAAGGAUCUGCACAGCAGUACAUGGGACAAGACGAGUUCUACGGAGAGCAGUAUGGACACACUCAGAGCUCCAGCGAGCCCAUAAACCAGCAGUAUUACCCUGAUGGUCAUGGGGAGUACUCAUAUCAACAGUCUUCAUAUGGGGAGCAAAGCUACGAAAGAUCUUUUGAUGAAUCUUCACAGCAUUACUAUGAAGGAGGUAACUCUCAGUACAGUCAGCAGCAGGCCCAGUAUCAGCAGGGCUCUGGGCAGCAGCAGCCCUUCACCCAACAGCAGUAUUCCUCCCAACAAGGCUACAGUGGACCAGCACAAGGAUACGGGCCUGGCCAGGGUGGAUCCUCUCAGUAUUCUCAGUAUCAGCAGGGUCAAAGCCAACAGUAUGGUUCCUACCGCCCAUCCCAAGGAGGCCCUGGAGCACAAACACAGAGACCCUACACCUAUGAACAGGGUCAAUAUGGAAACUAUCAGCAAUAAAGCACCAUAUUGUUUUAAAAAUGGAUGAAACUGAGAAAAGAAGAUGGAGAUGUUCAAGGCUUCACUGUGGAUUACAUCUGGAUGCAUCAGACUUAUCCUCCUCCAAUUAAUUAUAACUUACAGCUCAGAAUAAAUAAUCGAAUUAAAUUUGAAACUUUCCUCAUCUGUUUCACUCACUAUGGGGAUGUCGCUCAUAGACGCGCAGAACUAUCGGCCAUCCUGCCAAAAGCUAAGGUGUUAACUGAACAUAUGUUAAAAAUAUGGCACUGCCUUAAGGAGCAGUAAAAACUAUUCAGAUGUGGAAGCUUUCCUUUCCCUGUAAAAAGCUAAUUAGCUUUAAAGGAAAAUGUUAUUUGAUCUUUAUUUAAUAGAGUAGGUCUGGCUCCUGCUUCAGCUCCUAGAGACACUAUUAUAUCUCAAAUGAAGGGAAAUACAUUUUAUGAACAUGAAAACAUUGGUCCUCAAACCUGACUUGAUCAGGGAGUUUGUUUAGUCAAACUGUGAUGUGUCGCUGUGUAGUCUUACAUUCUGUGUUUUCACUCUACAUACUGUAUGUCUUACUGAGGUAAUAGACACAAUGGACAGUGGAAGUACCCAGACUUAAAAGUGUUUAUCAUACUUCGUGGUAUUUACAAUGGCGUUACUCUGUACGAACAUAUCUUUUUUGUGCAGAGAUAAUAGAUAUUACACUCCUCUGGAUGCCAUUCAGUAAUUAUUUUGCAUUGAAACGCAUUGCCACUUUGUCUGCACUUUAUUUUCCAGUGACAGUGUAUGUAUUGUCUUCUAUUUUGCAUUGUAAUGUGACUCAAGUUGUUUUUAAGAAACGAUCUCAAAAAGCCAAAGUAACACAGGAACAGAACAGUAAUGUGUCCUGCAUCUCUACUCCAACAAGUGCAAUACACUCCAUGUAUGAGGGCGGUCCUCGCAGUAUUUUUUAUUUAAUUUACAUAUACAUUUUUUUUGUUUUCUUUACAUACAAACCUGGCAUAGUUUAGGAUGAACUUGUCUUUUGUUGCAGGUUUCAACUGUUAUGCCAUUUAGGGAAAUUCUUCUGUAUUUAUAUGAUUUAUUUGAAGUCAAUCAUCACAACUUACAACUUCAGGAUUCUUUUUCAGUGAAAACUAUAUUAUCAUCUUCUGUAUUAGAGGGAGAAAAUAAUGUUAGAAAUAAGACAAGUGUAGAACAUUAAUUAUAUGCUUGACAAGGACACUUGUUUUAUUUUCAAUAUUCAUUUAAUCUAUCUAUCUAUCUAUCUAUCUAUCUAUCUAUCUAUCUAUCUAUCUAUCUAUCUAUCUAUCUAUCUAUCUAUCUAUCUAUCUAUCUAUCUAUCUAUCUAUCUAUCUAUCUAUCUAUCUAGUUCAUUAUUUAUUUAAAAGGUAUUGUCAUUACAAUAGUCUACACAAUCUAUUACGGUUUGAUCAGUAGAAAGGAUUAUUUGUGUGUUUAUGAGGUUCCACCUUUGCAGUAUGUCUUGUAGUAACUCAGCUUACCUCAGAGGGAUCAGAUAACACAGUAGUUGCAGUCACUCAUCAGGGUUAAUCAAGAAUAGGAGAUACCUGGCUGUCAAACAGCUAAUAAUUAUGUACCACUCAAACAGUGACAAUCAACGAUCACAGGCUUCUCUAUACUACAAUGAAUCUGUAUCAGUGUUUCAUUAUAAUGUAAACUGAACAUGUUCGGCAAGUCUUUUCAAGUUCUGUAUUUUGUGUCAUCACUGAUGUGAGCGGUAUGAUUGUGUGAGUGUGUUUGUAUGUAUGUUAGACAAAGAUAAUGUUAGGUGAGAGUGAGGAAGAGUCAGAUUGUGUGUGCAUAAUCCAAAUAUGAAUGUUAAUUACUUAUGUAUUGUACGACUGCGUUCGUUGCCUGAUCUUUUCAGCUGUCUUUUGUUACUGUUUGUUAUAUAAAAUAAACUGACAUUCACCUUU